AUGCUUCAAGUCUGCGUUACACCUGGUCCCAAUAAGCCUGCAGACAUCUUUAGCUUUUUGGAACCAUUUCUUACUGAAGUGCGCGAACUUUCCGAGAGUGGCAUGAUUGUACGGAUAGGAAGCGGUACACUCAAAGUGAAAGGACAUCUUAUGUUUGUUGGUGGAGAUAUUCCUGCGGUUGCCAAGAUGUGUGGGCAUGCUGGUCAUAACCAUUAUCAUGGUUGCCGAUUCUGCACUAUCCGUGGGAAUGGAAGAGAUGAAGCUCAAGCUGACCACCGGCCCAAAGCAAGCAUUCGUCUCUCACAAACAUUUCAAAUCUCCGAUCAAUGCCUUGGUCAACAGAAGGCAAGCCCAUUUGCAACAUUGUCAUCGUUCCAUGGUGCAACUUUCUUUCCGGUUGACCCUAUGCACCUGCUCGGUCCCGGGAUUGGUAAGCAGCUCUGGCGACUUAUCCUUGGUGACUAUGGCGAAUCCGCAAAUCCCUUCUAUCUGUCGCCCAAAAAUCGCCAAUUGAUUGGAGCCAGAAUUGCGGCCUCGAGAAGUCUGAUACCAUCUUCUUUUGCCGGUGACUGUGGCGAUGUAGCAACUCAAAGCGGCUUCUACCGUGCAGUGGAUUGGAUUCACUUUGUGCGAUUUUUCGUUCCAACUAUUGUACUUGAAUUCUACACAGAUCCUGGUGUCCGGAAAGCCAUUAUUGAUCUGAGCGAGAUCUACUGCUACGCGCUUAGUCGUGAACUCUCAGUAGACCAAAUCAGGUCAUUGAAAGCCACUGUCUUUUCAUGGACUGCAUGGCUGCACGAACAAGUGCGCUCAAAGAAAAUUGCUGCUGCUGUGUUCACGGUAAAUCAACAUUACUUGAGUCAUUUAUACAAGAUCAUUGAAAGACUUGGACCUUUGCCUUUUACGGCGGCUUUCGCGAUGGAACGAGCUAUCGGUGAAUUGAAACGAAGAAUCCAUUCCAAGAGACAUACAGGAGCGAAUGCUGGCAAUGUAUUUGUCGAGCUU